AUGUCGUCGGUGUACGUGCUCGAGCCGCCGACGAAGGGGAAGGUGGUGCUGCAGACGACGGCGGGGCCACUGGAUAUCGAGCUGUGGCCGAGGGAGGCGCCCAAGGCCGUCCGCAACUUCGUCCAGCUCUGCCUCGAGGGCUACUACGACCGCACCAACUUCCAUCGCAUCAUCAAGGGCUUCCUCGUCCAGGGCGGCGACCCCACCGCCACCGGCACAGGUGGUGAAAGCAUCUAUGGGGGAAUGUUUGCGGAUGAGUUCCAUUCUCGCCUUCGAUUUAACCACAGGGGCUUGGUCGCGUGCGCAAAUGCUGGCACACCUCAUUCGAAUGGAAGCCAAUUCUUCAUGACAUUAGACCGCAGUGACUGGCUUGAUCGGAAGAACACAAUUUUUGGGAAGGUCACUGGGGAUUCUAUAUUUAAUCUGCUAAGCUUGGGUGAUUUUGAAACUGAUAAAGAUGAUCGGCCAGUGCAUCCCCCUCCAAAGAUUCUUUCUGUUGAGGUGCUGUGGAAUCCAUUUGAUGAUAUUGUCCCGAGACAACUGCCUGAGAAACCUCAGUCUGAUGCCAAGGUUGUUGUUGAGGGACAGGAUCAGAAGAAGAAAGCUGUCAAGCAGCUAAACAUGCUAUCCUUUGGUGAAGAAGUUGAAGAAGACGAAAUGGAGGCUGCAAACAUAAAGGAAAAAAUUAAAAGCAUUCAUGACGUGUUAGAUGAUCCUCGUUUCCUCAAAGAAGCAAAACCAGAACCAUUGUCUUCCACAGAAGUAGAAAAGAAAAACGAGAUUCGUUUAGCGGUCAGAGAGGCUUUAACCUCCAAUAAAGUUGACUCCAUCAGAGAACAUGAAAUGGAUGAUUUAGAUGCUGAUGAUCAUAGUGAUGACGAUGAUGAAGCCAACUUUGAUGCCAGAAUGCGUUUGCAAAUCUUGAGAAAGCGAAAGGAGAUGGGUGACGUUGCCACUCAUGAUAAGUUACCUGCUGAAAAAACUAGGCAAAAAGACCGUGAAGCAUCACCUUCAAGGAGAAAUGAUGAUGAUACUAAAGGUCAAAAUACCAAGGUUGAAAAACUGUCCAUGAAGAAAAAGGGUAUGGGAUCAGAAGCUAGGGCUGAACUUAUGGCAAAGGCAGAUGCAGAUUUGGAGCUACUUAAUCAUGCUGAACAAGAAAGACAACUGCAGAAGCAGAAGAAGCGACGAAAUCAGGGCCGUGAAGAAGAUACUCUAGCAAAGCUGCAAAGAUUUAAAAAGAGUCUCUCCACAAAGCUCUCUUCACCGAGUAGUAAUGGUUCUAAGGAUAAUAACGAGGAAGAUGAUUCUGGAUGGAUGGCAACCCAGUUGAAGUUCAUUCCCGAAUCCUCUGAGAAGGAUGGCAUGACUAGGAAAGAUGACCCAAAUGAAUAUGUUGUGCAUGAUCCUCUUCUAGAGAAGGGCAAAGAAAAAUUUAACAAAAUGCAAGCUAAGCUCAAGCGACGGGAGCGAGAGUGGGCUGGCAAAUCUCUCACAUAAUUAUUCCGUGAAUGAGGAGAAGACCAUCAGUGCCACGUUAGUGGCUAUAGGGUUUCGCUUUGCUGUGGGAGAACAUUCCUAUCGGAGCUGUACAUUAGUUUAUCACUGUAUAUCACUGCUUAGCACACAGCAAAUUGCAACCGGAGUUCCCUCAUCGAAUGCUUGUUGUGUUGCAGACAACACCACUUUCCUCUACCGGUCUGCAGACUGCUGUUCUCCAUUUGCUUUGUUCUGUUCUCAAAACCAGGGCUGCUGCCUGCUUGUUGGCAGGGACUAAUCCCAUGACGAGUAUAGAUUUGUGCUAAGAUUACAAAACUGUGUAAAUACUCAAGUCUUUUGUUCGAAUGACCUACUUUUGCAAAAAUCCCAAUUUCCAUAAAUUAUCGAAGACUAAUAAUUUUGGGAUU